UACUUGUCCUUCUCGAGAUAUCGCGAGAUUUCGCAGGUCGAAGAACGAUACAAAAUCGUCUGACAAAGUUUUGGAUAUUUCUGCGAAGUUUUGGUCAGAAAAUGUCGCUUUUCGGUGGUCAGACGUCGUCUCGGUCCAGUAGUAAGUAUCUACUGGAGUUUCGGGCGGGGAAAAUGAAUCUAAAAGGGACUACGGUGACAGCGGACAAGAGAAAGGGGACCGUGUACUUGCACCAGACCGACGACUCUCUCAUGCACUUCUGUUGGAAGGAUCGCACAAGCGGCACAGUCGAAGAUGAUCUCAUCAUUUUCCCUGACGAUUGUGAGUACAAGCGCGUCCCACAAUGCACCACAGGUCGUGCCUUCAUCCUGAAGUUCAAGUCUUCCAACCGCAAGUUUUUCUUCUGGAUGCAGGAGCCCAAGACUGACAAGGAUGAAGACUAUGAGAAGAAAGUGAACCAGCUGCUGAACAACCCCCCCACUCCGGGGUCCAGCGACAGCAGGGGUGGGGGCUCCGCGGGCAUGCCUGACCUGGGAGCCCUGGGGGCACUGGGAGGAGACACCAGUGGACUGCAGAGCAUGUUGGGAAACAUGGACCAGCAGCAACUGAUGCAGUUACUUGGAGGUCUUGGUGGGAUGGGUGGUCUGCCUGGUGGGCUUGGAGGGUUGCUAGGCAACGGUCGCCCCAGCACCGGCGGCACCGCUGGGUCUGCUACACCGUCCACUGCCACUACUACCCCUCGUCCAGCUACGGCUGCUGCUAGCCUCCCCUCCCAGAGUCAGACUCCCACCACACCAGCGCCUGCAACUACUGCCACGGCCACAGGGGGCGCUAAUGCACCACGCAUCCAGCUCAGCGACCUGCAGAACAUCCUGGCUGGCAUGAAUGCAGCGCCUGGAGAGGGCGGGGCCCAAGCAGAGGAGCCUCCGGCGGUCGACCUGUCACACGCUCUCACUCCGGAGAACAUACGGCCCAUCCUAAACAACGAGGCCUUUGCUAGUCAACUGAUGAUGCACAUGCCAGAAGGAACAGAACUACCACGAACACCGGAGGAGCUUAGUAACACUGUACAGGCACCGCAAUUCCAACAGGCUGUGAGCAUGUUCAGUGCAGCCCUACGGUCAGGACAGCUGGGUCCACUCAUGAACCAGUUCAACCUGGGCAAGGAGGCAACAGAAGCUGCAGCUAAAGGAGAUGUUGUAGCUUUUGCAAAGGCCUUACAGAAAAAAGAAGGGGGGAAGGAGGGAGAGGACUCUGAGAAGAAAGAGGACGACGACAGCAUGAGUUUGGACUAAGCAAUUCUACAAGAUAUUCUCAACAAGACAGACUUGUAUAGUCAAAGAAGGAGAUGUUGUGUUCAAAGCCUAGAAUUUGGGAAAGAACCAUGGAAAGAAACAUUCAUAUUAAACUUUAUGUCAAGAAGCAUUUCAUCAGCAUUAUUAAUCAGUAUUGAAACUUAAGCCUUAGGAUCUGCUUUAAGGUACCCAAAAUAAGAUUUCUGUGGCAAGACCAAAAAUAUUGCGGAUUAAGAACGUCUUUAUGUUAUUAGCAUUCAGAUAUAUGUUUUAGUACAUUGCAUGUACUUCAUAGUCAUUGCAUUUAUAAACUCCACAAAUAGAAUUCACUCUGUGGUUCCUCCAUUUCUUGGUAGUACCAAUGAAAACACCCUGGCAGAAUGUAAACUUGCAAGCAUCUUUUCUAUGAGUUUGUAUGAUGCAAUGAUGUUGAAUUUCAAUUCCCUGACUUAUCGGUAUUGUUAAUAACAAUGCUAUCCAGUACAAAAGUAACAAUGUUAUUCAGUACAAUAGAGCAGAUGAUGUAGAUACAACAUACCAUACAAAGAAAUGGCCUUGAAAAUUCACUUGAAAGAUUUUCAAGCAUCUUACAGUGAGUACCUUUAAUUUUUGUACAAUAACUGCUGCCAUUGACAUUUGGUUUAGGGAUAUUUGGUCUUUGCAACGAAACAAAAUCUCAACAAUAAUUCGCAAGAGUCAUAGUUGAAGAGAAAUACAUAUUAUUCUCUUUCUUGUAAUGUCCGAAUCUGAAUGUCAGUAUUCACAAGUGUUAUUACAAAUAAAUUGUUUAUUCAACAAAGUUCGUAUUACCCAUGUUUGGUAUGCUGUAUAAUGCCCACUACAUAGCUGUGCUCAUCAAUUGUCCAUAUACAAUAUACAACUUACAGACAAGAAACUAGCAUUCUACCAGCUUGAAAAUUAAACCUUUUAAGUUGUCGUCACAUAGAUCUGUACAUGUUGUGCCCUCUAAAGUUUGAACCUAGUAUAAAAUUUUUACUUUGUCAAGAAACAAGAUUUUUCAGAUUCUCAAAGCCCUAAUAGGACUUGGUCUCAUAAGAGUGUUCUUCUAUAUGGUGUCACAAGAGUGUUCUAUAUGGUUUCAAAUGAUACUGAUAGUUUUCUAUAUGGUCUAUGACAGUGUUCUGUACUAUUCUAUACAGUCAGACAGUAACCAUGUUGUCUUACACUGGAACAUGCCAUUCAAACUUGGGUGUUGCCUGUAUCAUAUACCAGGACUAUACAUGCAAUAAAGUCUGCAAUUAAGGUAU